UCUAUAUGCGUAUAUAUUGAAUAUAUUUUUCGUUUGAAGUUAAUUUGCCAGCAUACUAUAACACAUUUGUAGCCGGAGGAGAACACAAAUGAACGGAUCAACAUGUCGGCUGUUUUGUUUUAAUCGAACUUUGAACAACCCAUCUUUUUUUAUUUGGUGAAUUGACCUGAAAUAAAUCACCGAUCUACGUUGACGCAUCGACUUUGAAACUGUAAAGUAUAAUCCUCAGUUAAACGCUUUCACAUUCAAAACAAUGGAGAGAAGAAUUCCGGUCCUUGAACUUGAAGAUGAAGUAUGUUUCUUAUUGUCAACACGGUGCUGAAAGAGGGAGCUUGGAUAAUUACAUAGAAAUUAUUUCAUCUUUUUUUUUUUGGGCCUUUUUCCUCUCUGCGAAGUGAUGGGCGCCAUGCUUGACUUGAACACUCCAAUCCAAGUUCUUGCUGUCAUAACUCAGAAGUCCAAGAUAGUAAGAGAAAACUCUUGACAGGGAAUUUGCAGGCUGAUAACAAAGAGUUUAAGAUCCAGUUUUGGUCAUCUUGAUCUGGAGGACAGAGCAGCCCAACAGCGUAUGGACGCAUGAAACUAUGACUGUAGCGGAAAGAAUUGACUUGACAUGGAAAGAGGAAAAAGCACAAAAGAAACAAUGAUUUGGGUGAAAGAAUCGGAAACGAGGUAGUAAAACUUCAACAAAAAAAGAAGACUAGAUUAACAUCCUAGUAAAACAUCCAAAGACUUAAGGAACAGUAGAAGCUUUUAAUGAAAACAAUACGACUGUACGUUAAUCUCAGAAAUUGGUUAUUCUUGCCAACAAUACCCAAUAUUGGUGUGUUUACUUCCAAUCUUCCAUUAUACCAUCUAAAAUGUAACCAAAUCCUGCGGAUAUAUAAGUUAAAUGCACUUGAUGGUGGCAAAAAGUAUUGCAGUUAAGUGACUGUAAAAAUGUAGUUGGUGCUACUUUUCAGCCAUAACUCAACAGUUUGUGGGCCUAAAAUAGAGGUCCCUCUCUCGUAAAAACUGAAAAAAGGAGCAGGAAAAGUGGGUGAGAGGUCACAGGAAAUGAGAGACCAUGUACCUCCUUUGCAAACACACCAUAAAAGCCAGUAAGAAACCCACGUCCCCAUUAAACAUCCCUAACCGUUCUACAAGCUUCAAAUCUCCUACCACCAUCACUUAUCCUUCAUUCCACUUCAUCUUCUCUGCAACCGAUCACUUAUUAUUUAACCGACUCAAUAGUUUCAAUCUCAAAACACACGAACAAACAAAAAUUCUUGUUCUUGUCUGCAGCAGCAGCAAAUGAUGAGGUGGGGUCGAAAAAAAUCAUCUCCUGCGUCUUCAUCUAGACCUUCAUUUAUCUCUCAUGUCUCUCUUCUUUCAUGGCUGUCCAAGUUCAAGCGGAUGAGGGUCAAUACAGAGCCAAGUGAUGGAAAAGUGAAGCAAAAGGGAAAGCUGAAUUCUCUUUCUGUUAGUUCAUCACAGUAUGCUUGUGGGCUUGGAGGUGGUGUGUCUCAUGGUGGGGAUGAUGAUGGUUUCUAUAGAAUUCCAUUUGGUGAAGAGAGUCAUGAGAGAAAGAGAAGUAAGGAUAUUCUUGAAACGGAGUUGAGCAAUCUGGAUGAUGAUCUUGUUAUUCCAGUCUUUAGUUGUAAUCGUGGUGGAUGGAAUGACAGGAAAAAUGGAAGAAAAGAAGGAACUCUGAAGUUGAAGGAGAAGGAGGAGAAAGGUACAGUGGCAGAAAGCAAAUUUCCAAAAGAUUCCAAGAUUUCAAUGGAGAUGGAUGAUUAUGGUUAUAAUAGAGAAAAAGAACUAGAGAAGUUAAGGAGGACUUUUGAGAAGAAAGCACAGCAAGCUUUUGAGAAAGCUACGGAUAAAGCUGAAUCUGCAUCUACUAAAUCAGAAGAAAAAUAUGUGCUACAACUUGAGUCACCUAGGGCAAUUUGUACACCUAGAAAACAUUCUUUUGUUCCUUCAGUAGUUUCGAAGAAUCACAACCUUAGAAGUAUUAAAACUGAAAGUCGGUCCUCUGAGGAAAAAUUGGGAGUGGAGAGGCAGCAUUCGAGGAAGAAUGAGACGAAGGCAAGGAAACCAAAGCACAGCUCUAAGGUGAGAGUUUAUUCUCCAAGGGUGGGUUCCAAGACUGAAAUCUGCAAAAUAAAGGCUCUGGAAGACUUGAAGAAAGCAAAACUGAAGACGAAGAAAGCAAAGGAGAGAAUGCUGGAGAAAACAGAAGUGUCAGAUAGCUUUGCUGUGGUGAGAUGUUCAUUGAAUCCAGAGAAGGACUUCAGAGAUUCAAUGGUUGAGAUGAUCACAGAGUUGCAUAUUCAUCAACCAGAAGAAUACGAAGAGCUUUUGACGUGUUAUCUGACUCUGAAUUCUGAUGAAUAUCACGACCUCAUUAUCAAAGUGUUCCGUGAGGUAUGGUUUGAUAUGAACAGAGAUAUUUUGGGUAUUUCAUUACACAGGCAGUUUUGCCAGUUAUGAUGACAAUUUGCAUCUAAUUGAUAGUUAACCUGAGCACAGCUGUAAAUUGUUACUCUACAAACUUGUGAUGUUCUUGUAAUGCUCUUGAUAUGGCAAUUUUUACUUGAGAAAUGAGUUACUUUA